AUGUAUAACUCGACACUGGUUUAUUUCCAUUUAAUUUUAAAAAAUUUAUUUUGUAUAGGUUGUAAACGCAUACUUGUUACUAACGAUUGGUAUCCAACCAUCCAAAAACCAAAUGUUCAGUUAAUCACAGACAGUAUCAAAGAAAUAAAUGAACAUGGUGUUGCCACAUGUAAUGAUAAAGAAUAUAAAGUUGAUACAAUUGUACGGAGCACUGGUUAUAAUGUACACAAUUAUUUAAUUGAAUUUUAUGAUCAAAAGGGUAUUAAAUUACAGGAUCAAUGA